AUGUCGUUCCCAAUAAUAUCCGAACGCCUGCAAACACUGCAAGAAUCAAACGCGCAACUUAAAGGUCUCAUCGAGCGCCUGGCAACUAUUAACUUUCAGCCUGGCUCGGUGCCUCUAUCCAGCGACGACGGAGAAGGCAAUGCAUUGCAGGAGCUGGCUCAGGAGAUCAGCCAGACGAUCAGGGAGCAGGAUGAGGAUUUUGAGAUCAUGAGGGAGGAGGUGGAGGAGCUUGAUGUGGGAAAGAAGGGUAGCGAGAGGGAUGUACAGAAGGCGGAGUUGAGGGGGGCGGUCGUGAGGGCUGUGAGGGAGCUUGAGGCAUGCCAAGUAGCCUUUCGGAAAGCCCAAGUUAUAGCGAAACGGAACCUCGAAGCCGCCCAGCGUGCUGAGCGGGAACUCCUACUUCAGUCUUUUUUCGAGCCGCGCAACUCUGCGGCUUCGUCUCCGGUACCCGGACAGAGACGACGGAAUCAGCAGACUAUCGAGCUGUCGAAGGAGGAGAAGACGGUUAAUGCUAGCAGCGAUGUGACGAUUGCGUUACGACGGACGCACGAGAUGAUGGCCCAGGAGCUGAGCCGUUCUCAGUUCGCACACGAGACUUUGAAAGAAUCGACCACCGCCCUGAAAGAGCUGGGUGAGACUUACUCGUCGAUGGAUACGCUGUUGUCGAACUCGAAGAACUUGCUCGGCACGUUGUUGAGAAGUCAAAAGAGUGAUACGUGGUAUCUCGAGACGGCGUUCUACAUCCUGCUCGUGACGAUUGGGUGGCUGGUGUGGAGGAGGCUACUCUACGGGCCUACGUGGUGGCUGGUGUGGUUUCCCAUGAAGAUCUUCAUUAGGAGCUCGCUGGGGUUGUUGGGCGCCGCUGGGGUGAUUGGCGGGGGUAGUGCAGGGACGAGUGUUAGUGUUAGUACAGAGCUGAGCACUAUGAUGCAAGCGACAGCUGUGCAUAGUAGUGGGACUAGAGGCCCGAGCCCGACUGCACCUUCUCAAGGCCAGAAUAUCCGCGUCGGUGGUGGUGGCAGGGGUGCCCCGAUGGAGAGGGCAGAUGGUAGCUCUGGGAACAGCAUGACGGAGCAGGUUGGGAGCAUCAUUGACGAGAGUCAAAAUCAGGACGCUGUACCCGAGAGAAAACCUGACGAGGCCGGGGAGGCUCAUGAAACAGAGGCUCCGCCUCAAGAGCAACCAGAAGGACAGCGGAAUCCCAUGAAGAGGAUGUGGGAGGAAGAGGAGGAGGCUCCGAAACAGGCCGAGCAAGAUUCUCAUGAAGCAGAGGCCCAGCCUCAAGAACAUGCAGAAGGACAGCGGAAUCCCAUGAAGAGGAUGUGGGAGGAAGAUAAGGAGGCUCCGAAACAGGCCGAGCAAGAUGCUCAGAAGAGCCAUGAUGAGCUGUAG